GCUGGUGUCUUCAAGGAAGCAAUAGAGCCGCUCUUCCACAGCAGCAAGGCGACUGUGGUAGCCGAAGACACCUUCAUCGAGCCGCAGAAGGAUCUCAUGACCAGUGGGACGAAGGGCUUGGCUCAGGACCUCACCUAUGGUCGAGUGGAACCCCGUCCCUUGGGUCUCAGGAGCCAGCUAGGCAAGGACAAGGUCGUCCCCCUGGCGCUGAAGCAGAAGGCCGAAACAGCUGUGCCCGAGGCAGCCAAUGCUGCGUGGGUGGACGCUAUCGUUGCGGAGGCCCAGAUCCAGCAGGUGGCGCCCAACGAGAUUCAUCCGCUGCCCGAUGUCCUGGAGGGCACCACCUACACGCGUGAAGGGGCCAUCUGCCUACCUGAGGAGCUGGAUAUGCCCUUUACGGAGAAGCAGGCGCUUGCUCUCCAGCAGACGGAUGACUUCCCUCAUCCAAGCAAGAGCCAGAGCCAAGACGACCUAAGCAGCGGGAAUCAUCACCAG